ACUUGAAUCGCUGCAGACAGGAGGGGGUACUAACCUACACAGUACACACACAACAAUAGCAGUCUGUUCCGUGAGCAAGUUCUGCCCUAGUCCAUCCACGCCAGCUGCGACAACGUCAAGUCGUCUACCUCGUUGCUCCACAGGCACGUGUAGCCGUGCGCCACCGGUUCCGCGGGAUCACUUCCAACGCGCACGAAUUAAUGUACUGAAGAAAUGGCUUAUGAUGAUAUUUUGAAGUACUUGGGAGAGUCUGGACGUUACCAAAAACGUAUUUAUAUCUUCCUCAGUUUGCCUGUGAUAUUUUGUGCUACACACGAAGUGGCAAAUGUUUUCCUACAAGCUAAAACAAAACAUAGGUGCCGUCUUCCUUAUGAAAUGGAAAAUAGUACAUAUGUUUUGGCACCUGAGGUAAUUAAUAUGACAAUUCCAUGGGAUACUGCAGCAAAGAGAUGGUCAUCUUGUCAGCGGUUAGAUGCAAAUUUCACCCAAGAAUAUUUUGAUGCAAGAUUACCAACAAAUAACACUGUGGAUUGUGACAGUUGGAUAUACGACACGACAACUUACAAGGGCAGUGCCGUAAUGGAGUUUAACCUGGUCUGUGAAUAUGCAUGGUUAAGUGCAACUGCUGAUUCAAUGUUCAUGGUUGGAGUUCUUCUUGGCUCUAUAAUAUUUGGUGACUUGUCGGACAGAUUUGGGCGGAAACCAAUUUUCUUCCUCUCCCUUGUCCUCCAGAUAAUUGGUGGAAUAGGAGCUGCAGUAUUGCCAAAUUAUUCUUCAUAUGUUGCAGCUAGAAUGUUGAUUGGUGCUACUAUUUCUGGAAUGUUUUUGGUAGCCUAUGUUAUAGCAGUGGAAAUGGUUGGUCCAAGCAAAAGAUUAGUUGCUGGUUUGUUGUGCCAAGUAUUUGGUACAACUGGAUACUUGCUGACUGGAUUCUUUGCUUACUUUAUAAAGGAAUGGAGAAUUCUGCAAACAGCAUUUUCUGUUCCUGAAGUGCUUUUCCUAUCAUACUGGUGGUUCAUACCAGAAUGGUUACUCACAAAAGGCAAAACUGAUGAAGCCAAGCACUUGAUUCUCAAGGUAGCCAAGCAGUAUAAAGCAGAUGUUCCAGAUGAUGUCCUGGACAAACUACUACAAGAAGAGAAAAUUCAGGCACGGACUGCAGCUGCUGUUCAAAAGCCAUCUCCGCUGGAUCUAAUGAGAAACAGCAAUUUAAGGAAGAAAUCAUUAAAUAUAUUUUUCCAGUGGUAAGUUUUACAUAACCAUGGCAAAUCAUUUUCAAGUAAGACAAUGAAUGUAAUACUUAUCAGUGGUGUCUUGUACUAUAUGAGGACUGCAAGAAGAGGUCACUGACGGAUUAGCUGUAUCAGUACCAAUCAAAUGCUAUCACUGAUUAUUGACUGCUUUCUGGUCACUCCCAACAUAUUGUAUCAUCUGCAUUAAUAAAAAAAUAAAUAAACACAAUAAUAAUUCAUUAAAAGGCUUGGUUACUGAUAUAAUUAUUUAAACAGACAUCAAUUGAAUGAAUUCUUUAAAUAUGCUUGAAGUUAAGAGACAUAGCAGAUCCCCAUCUCAGCAAAGUUUGCUCAAAUGUCUCUCCCAACAAUAAGACUGAUAUCGUGAAGAUGAAUAAUUGACAGUGUUACCCAUUUAGAUGCCUGUCUCCACAUUAGUAUUUAUAUGUGGACAGCCACAUAACUGCAAAUAAGUAGGAUUUGCCCUUAAACAUUUAAAAGAUAGAAAUGGUGAGUGCACUCAGAUAGAAAGUGACUGUAAGUGAAUUACUCAGAAAAUAAAAUUUACUAGGUUUGAUUCUAUAUGGAAUGGGUCUGCUUGGCGACUGUGUUUAUUAAAAUUGAGAAACA